UGCUCAUGCAAUAUGUCCACGCUGAAGUGUUCCAUGAGAUUCUCUACAUUUGCAAGAAGAUUCUCUCGUUUCGUGGAAUGGUGAAGAAAUCUGAGUUUAAAAGUAUCUUUAAAAGUGCGUGAUAGUAUUGAGGAAUUUUCGCUUCAGUCGUUGAGUAUAUUCAAUGCAAUCAAAGGCAGCAAACAUACAGACUUUGGCAGGACUACAUCGGUUGCAUCAGCGACGACAAGCACAAAGCGGUACCUACUUUUAGCUCUGCAAUUCACUCCCUGGAAAUCCUGGAUAAAUCGCAUUCAACGUCAACGUCACCACAGCAGCGUCGCCCUCAUCAUCAUUGUCCUUCGUCCUCAACCCCUUUCUCGUCAUGUACAAACGAAAAUACAACACCUGGAUAAUAAUAUCGUGCCUAAUUGGAUUAGUCCUUUCGCUCUAUGCAACCUAUGUGGAAAUUAGCUCGGAAUUGGAUAGGAACUAUCGGGCACUUUGUGAUAUCAGCGCAAGGAUUAGCUGCACAAAAGUUUUCUCAUCCAGAUAUGGAAAAGGAUUUGGACUACUCGGACAUGUUGUGGGCGAGGAAUCGAAGCUGAAUCAACCGAAUGGAUUUAUGGGAGUCAUGUUUUACAUCUUUAUCGGAUUGCUCUGCUUGACUGAUAACGUGCGAAUGGCAAAAGCCCAAGUAAUCCUGUGUGUUGUCUCCAAUCUGCUAUCACUCUAUUUGGCAUAUUUACUGUAUUUCGUGCUGGAAGACUUCUGUGUUGUUUGCGUGUCGACUUAUGUCGUCAACUUCACCAAUCUAUUGUUGACUACAAAACGCUAUCAGCUACUUCGACGGAAGGACAUCCUGGCAGCGUCUUCAUCAUCAUCAUCGUCGUCCGUGCUGUCUUCCGACACUCAGAAAGUUGAUUAAAAAGCUGGCAAUGCGGAAUCCAGAUUUUUGUUCCCAUUUUCAUGGAAGUUAUUAUUAAGUUUUGGGAAAGACAGGAAAACUGAUGGGGGGCGGUGAGGAGGGGUAGAUGUGUAUGUGUAAGGAAAACUUGGAGUUGAGUAGGAAAAUAUUUAGUGUGAAAGUUUUCAAUUUGGUAUUUUAGAAAUGGGAUCGUGAUAGUUUGUAAGCUGGAAAGUUUUCGAAUUAAUGAUUCGAAAGUUUUUGAGUUCUUUGCACGUAAUAUGUUUUGUUUUCCUUUUUUGUAUUAAUGCAUUCAUGCUUCAUUGAGGAUGCAAGAUUGAAGUAGGAUCUGACCAUUCAUAAAGUUGGAAGAAAAUAAAUUUUGAAUGAUGAA